CGCACGUCUCCAUGGCGCUGGAGGGGCCCAGGUAAUUUAUUCGACAUUGUGUGAUAGUGUAUAACUCUUAAACAUCUGUAAUAAGGUGGCAAUGUCUCGAGAACCCACCCCACCUCUGCCUGGAGAUAUGUCUACUGGUCCUAUUGCAGAAAGCUGGUGUUAUACACAGGUAAAAGUAGUAAAAUUUUCCUACAUGUGGACCAUUAAUAACUUCAGUUUUUGCCGAGAAGAAAUGGGUGAAGUGUUAAAAAGUUCAACAUUUUCAUCUGGUCCAAGUGACAAAAUGAAAUGGUGCCUGAGGGUAAAUCCAAAGGGAUUAGAUGAUGAAAGUAAAGACUACUUGUCCUUAUAUUUGCUUUUAGUCAGCUGCCCCAAAAGUGAAGUUCGAGCAAAAUUCAAAUUUUCCCUUCUGAACGCUAAGAGGGAAGAAACAAAAGCAAUGGAAAGCCAAAGAGCAUAUCGGUUUGUGCAAGGAAAGGAUUGGGGAUUUAAAAAAUUCAUUAGAAGGGAUUUUUUGCUUGAUGAAGCUAAUGGUCUUUUACCAGAUGACAAACUUACAUUAUUUUGUGAGGUGAGUGUGGUCCAAGAUUCAGUAAACAUAUCAGGACAUACUAAUACAAAUACUUUGAAGGUGCCUGAAUGUCGACUAGCAGAAGAUUUAGGUAAUCUCUGGGAAAACACAAGAUUUACAGAUUGCAGUUUUUUUGUUCGAGGACAAGAAUUUAAAGCUCAUAAAUCUGUGCUUGCAGCUCGAUCCCCGGUGUUUAAUGCAAUGUUUGAACAUGAAAUGGAAGAGAGCAAAAAGAACCAAGUGGAAAUAAAUGAUUUAGACCCUGAGGUUUUUAAAGAAAUGAUGAAAUUUGUUUACACGGGAAAAGCACCAAAUCUUGAUAAAAUGGCUGACAGCUUGUUGGCAGCUGCAGACAAAUAUGCACUGGAACGGCUGAAGGUCAUGUGUGAAGAAGCUUUGUGUAGCAACCUCUCAGUAGACAAUGUUGCUGAUACCCUUGUCCUUGCAGAUUUGCACAGUGCAGAACAGUUGAAAGCACAAGCCAUAGACUUUAUUAAUAGGUGCAGUGUACUUCGACAACUUGGGUGUAAAGAUGGGAAAAACUGGAACAGCAACCAAGCAGCUGACAUAAUGGAAACAUCUGGGUGGAAGGCCAUGAUUCAGUCUCACCCUCACUUAGUGGCAGAAGCUUUUCGAGCACUGGCAUCUGCACAGUGUCCGCAGUUCGGCAUUCCACGCAAACGGCUAAAGCAGUCCUGACACUUCCAUGGACAGUAGAAAUCGGGAUUGACUUUACUCUUCCAGGUGCAGAAGGAUUCUGAUAUAGACCACAAGCAGGAGUUGUUUCUGUUUUCUUGUCCACAGAACAGAAGCUGGAAAGUCAUAUUGCUUGCAUUUCAAGUGGAUAAUUUAUGGUUUAUACUUCAGCUUUAAAUUAGACUGAUUAAUUCACUUCAAGGCCUUAAAUUAUCUUCAAUGACUUCUCUUGUUCAUAGAAUAAUUUUUUUAUUGUGCCUUGCAUUUUGACCAAGGCUAUGCAGGAUUGCACUAGCUCCAUAAUGCAGUAAUAUUGAUAACUGAAGAUACUAAGUUUCAAAAGAAUCUUCCAUUAUUUUGAGAAAAGGAAAAUUAAUUUUAUAGGGUUUGUCCUAUGUUAUCUCAAAGUAUAAAACUAGGUUCUCCUUCAAAGCACUUGUAUUGGAGAAUAUCAGGAAUGUCUCCAGUCAGAGCUCUAUAAAUAUAGAAGAACCUGCUUACCUUCAGGGUAGGUUAUGGCAAUACAUUGCUUCAAUUUAAUUUAUUUCCAUUUCAGGGGCAAAUAUGCAAUGAGUUAGCCCAAAUUUUUAGUAAAAUCUGUGAUGUUUGUCCUUAUGUUCACUGUCCAAGAAACUGUGGGUUUAUCUGAGUUUACAAUAACUGAGAACUGAUUGAGGUUAAGAUUUCAGUAAAAGGGCAUAUUUUAUGCUGAAGUAAUUUUUUUAAUUUAUAAUGACCUAUGUUUAUAUGAAGAAUUCUGUACAUGUUGAAAGUAAGGAUGACCAAAUGUAAAUUCAUGUGGGCCAAUUAAGAAAGAUAUAUAUGCACUUUUAAUGUGUAACUUUUGUAUUAUGAAUGGUACAUAUAUUUUUUUGCUUUUGAGGAAAUUAAUAAGUAUAAUUGUGUUUUAACUUUUGGAAGAAUUUUUUAAAAUAGGAGGCAACUGAGAUGUUUGUGAUAAUAGAUAAGGAAGAUCCUUGAUGAUGGAUGAAUUAGUUUGAUUUCACAUAUUCAUUAUUGAAUUUAUUUCUGCUUUAUUUCACUUUGGACAAGGCACCCAGACAGUAAUGGAAUCAUGGACAGUCCACUUCCUUUAAACACUGAAUGGUAUCAUGGCCUGUGAAAGAUGCAUAGUAAAGGAGAGACCCAUAGACUAUGUCAGGCUACACUAAGACUUUUUUCCCCACAUUUUCUCCUUUGUGUUUUAGUUACUAUACUAACAUUAUGGAUGAUUGAAAUUCUGUAUAAUGUGAACAGGAUAAACUAUUUAUAAACUGCUUUAUAUGGGCCAGUUCUUUAUUCUAAUGAAUCUUAGCUUUAAAGACACAACUAUUCAGAGUUGUGAGAUCUCUUCCUGUACACUGUUACAGAGAAGCAGGAGUGAUCAGUGUCCAGGUCACUGUAUCCAACUUACUUCAGCACUAUCAGUGCACUUCUUAGGCAAGAUUUAUAUUUGACUGCAAGGAAAAAAGCGUGUCACUGAGAAACACAAAUGCAUAUACCUAUAUGUGGGAUAAUUUGUGUAUUUUGUUUGUGAAUUCAGGAUAAAAGGAGAAAUAGGAAGCUUGAGGUUGUAAAGUGGAUUUAAUUUGCUAUCACUUUAUUAAAUGUUAACUGAAGCAUUCCUAAGACAUCAGGAGUGAUUCAUCUUUACAUUGAACAUUUUCAAAUAAAUAUUUGUUGUCCACAACAAACUGGAGUCUGAAAAAAUUAUAUUUUUAAAUAUCCUAUAUUAAUUGAGUCUUGGUUAUGGCAACUUAAAAUCGGAAGAAUCCCUUAGGAUAGAAGCAAGAUUCUUACCUGGUGAUCAUCUUUAAUCCUAUACAAGAAGAUCAUGGCAAGUAGAAAUUAAUUUCCUUAACACUACUGAAAGAUUGAGUCUGUUAAAUUUAUAAUGUGCAAUUAAAAAAUAAACUUAUAUACAAAUACACACUUUUAUUCUUAUGGCCUUAGGAAAAAACAAACAUUUUCCCAGCCAUAGAAAUUUAUUAAAGUAUAUUUAAAAAAUAGUGUACCCAUUAUCAAAUGCAUAUUGUGAAAUAAUUCACUGCUUCAGUCUAC